AUGAACAGUACGUCAGGCUCGCAACACCAACUUGGGUCGUCAGCAUCUUCAAGCGCGAGGGAUGACUCCACUAUUGUGGGCUUACACUACCGGAUCGGCAAGAAAAUCGGUGAAGGUUCUUUCGGUGUUCUAUUCGAAGGUACAAAUAUGAUCAAUGGGGUCCCAGUUGCGAUUAAGUUUGAACCACGCAAAUCAGAGGCUCCACAGCUAAAGGACGAGUACCGGACUUAUAAGAUUUUGGCUGGCACGUCCGGUAUCCCCCAGGCAUACUAUUUUGGCCAAGAGGGUCUCCACAAUAUCUUAGUCAUCGACCUGCUGGGACCAUCUCUCGAAGACUUGUUCGAUUGGUGCGGACGCAGAUUUUCAGUCAAGUCUGUGGUUCAAGUUGCGGUACAGAUGAUCACGUUGAUCGAAGAUCUACAUGCCCGAGACCUGAUAUACCGUGAUAUAAAACCGGAUAACUUUUUGAUCGGUCGGCCAACUACUGUUGAUGAGAACAAAGUCCAUCUCAUUGACUUUGGGAUGGCAAAGCAAUACCGUGACCCCAAGACUAAGCAACACAUUCCAUACCGCGAAAAGAAAUCUUUGAGUGGUACAGCUCGUUACAUGUCAAUCAACACGCAUUUGGGACGUGAACAAUCCAGAAGGGAUGAUAUGGAGGCUUUAGGCCACGUAUUCUUUUAUUUCCUGAGAGGUCAAUUGCCAUGGCAAGGAUUGAAAGCUCCCAACAACAAGCAGAAAUAUGAGAAAAUUGGCGAGAAGAAAAGGGUUACAAAUGUGUACGAUCUGGCGCAAGGAUUACCUGUUCAAUUUGGCCGCUAUCUAGAGGUGGUGCGGAACUUGGCAUUCGAAGAAACCCCAGAUUAUGAGGGUUACCGAAGAUUGCUUCUUUCAAUCUUGGAUGAUAUGGGCACUGAAGCAGAUGGUGAGUAUGAUUGGAUGAAGUUGAACGGUGGACGUGGGUGGGAUUUGACCAUCAACAAGAAACCAAAUUUGCACGGCUACGGACAUCCCAACCCACCCAACGACAAAAACAGAAGACACAGAAACAAGUACGCUCAAGGACAAGGAAUGGAUCCUCAACAACAGUUACGCUAUCAACAACAACAACAGUUACAACAACAACAGCAGCAGCACCAUCACCAACAACAGCAACAACAACAACAACAACAGCAGCAGCAGCAACUACAGCAACAACAACAACAACAGCAGCAGCAGCAGCAGCAACAGUUAUUACAGCAACAACAGGCGGCAAUGCAACAACAAAACGUACAACAGAACGUGCCUCCACAACAGAAGCUAGAUCCAACGUCUUACGAGGCUUAUCAACAACAGACGCAACAGAAAUAUGCUCAGCAGCAAAAAUCACAGCAACAAAGUCGUGCACAAAGUUACAACCAGCACGGCCCACAACAGCCUCCUUACAACUAUGCUGCACAACCGCAACCUGUGGCCAAACAAAACGGUCACACGUCUGGGAAAGCCGGUGUUGCGGAUGGACACUCAGUGUCUUCCGGUAAGGGAUUUUUCUCCAAGCUGGGCUGUUGCUAA